CUCUUUGGGUUCCAUGGUGAAGGCAACAUGGAAUUCCUUUCAAUCGCUCUCCUUUUCUCCUUCAUCUGCAUAGCCUACUUCCUACUACGUGACCCACGCCAAAAGGGCCUUCCACCAGGCCCACGCCCAUGGCCUAUCUUAGGCAACCUCCUCCAGCUUGGAGACAUGCCACACUCCCACCUAGCCAAACUAGCUCAAUCCUACGGCCAUCUCUUCACCCUCAAGCUCGGGGUCCAGACUGUCGUCGUCGCAUCGUCCCCGGCUGCCGCUGCCGAGAUCCUCAAGACCCAUGAUCGUGUCUUCUCCGGCCGCUACGUCUUCCACAACUUCCGUAUCGAGAACCACGUCGAAUACUCGAUGGUGUGGUCUGAGUGCAAUGACUACUGGAAAAUGCUUCGGAGAAUCUGCAGGACUGAGCUGUUCUCGCCGAAGAUGAUCGAAAUGCAGGCCCACCUGAGGGAGAACAAGGUAUCAGAUAUGGUGGGCCAUUUGGGGAGGAAGGAAGGAGAGGUAGUGAAGAUAGCUGAGAUUGUUUUUGGGACUCUCUUCAAUAUCUUUGGCAACUUGAUAUAUUCUAAGGAUGUUUUCGACCUGUCCGACCCGUCGGGUGGGGAGAUUAAAGGUCAGAUAUGGAGGUUGAUGGAGCUGGGGAAUUCAACAAAUCCGGCGGAUUAUUUUCCGAUACUAGGUGAGUUUGAUCUCUUCAGGCAAAGGCGGGCGGUCGCCGACUGCCUUCAUCAGAUAUAUGAUGUAUGGAAUGCAAUUCUCCGUGAAAGGAGAGAGAAGAAAGAAGCUGAUUCUAAUCACGAUUUCACCAAUGUUUUGCUCAAGGCUAAUCUUAAUGAUCAUCAGAUAAACGCGUUGCUAAUGGAAAUGUUCGGUGCCGGCACAGAAACUAGCGCUUCAACGAUAGAGUGGGCCAUGGCAGAGCUCAUCAAAAACCCAGAUAUCAUGUCCAAAGUUCGAUCAGAACUAGACAGGGUGGUGGGCCCCAAAAUGGUGAAGGAGUCAGAUCUACCGUCCCUUCCUUAUCUCCAAGCGUGCGUAAAGGAGACACUACGAUUACACCCUCCAACACCUUUACUCCUACCCCACCGUGCCUUAGAGAAAUGUCAGCUGUUCGAUUACACGAUCCCAAAGGACUGUCAAUUGAUGGUGAAUGCAUGGGCCAUUGGGAGGGACCCCAAAACAUGGAACGAUCCGAUGACGUUUGUACCGGAGCGAUUUCUGAAUUCAACGGUGGAUUACAAAGGGAACGAUUUUGAGCUCAUACCAUUCAGUGCAGGGCGGAGGAUAUGCCCAGGUGUACCGCUCGCGAGUCAGUUCAUACCGUUGAUUGUAGCGUCUCUGGUGCAGAAUUUUGUGUGGGGCCUACCAAAUGGCAUGAGGCCAAGUGAGUUGGUGAUGGAUGAGAAGUUCGGGUUGACUUUACAGAAGGAGCCCCCUCUGCUCGUCGUUCCUAAAGCACGUGUAUGAUCUAAUUGUUGCUCUGGAGUCGUUUUGGCUACACACAUGGAGUGAUGAUCGGAUGAUCGGGAAUGUCCAUGUUUUGGGCUGCUGUCUCAGAUAUGAGGUAGUGGGAGAUUAAUAGUAAAUGGGUGGUUCUGACCGUUGAUAUAGUUAGUUGAAUGCUGACCGUUGGAAAGAGAAUUUCAACAGUUCAAAUUCAAUUAAAUGAAACAAUGGUCAAGAUCAUUUCUUUCAGAAAAGUUCUUGGUUCUAAAUGAUGCCAAGAGGAUGGACGCUCCAGAUUAUGCACGUGUAUUUUUUUUUUCUUUUACUCUGUUUGUCCGGGUAGUAAAGUGUGUUGG